AUGUCGUCAAUGACAAACAUGCCCUCCUCUGACCUCGCCAAGCUCGAGCCUCUCACCGGCCUGAACUAUCGCCAGUGGGCGAUCAAGAUGAUGAUCCACUUCGAGUCCUUCGAACUUGAUUACAUCCUCGCUCUUGAUGAUGUGCCUGAGGCGUCUCAGACCAAGUCUCCAGCUUCGACGCAAACUGAGAAACAACUGACUGUCGUAGACGGCACCUCGGAUCCAAAGACACAUGAUCCCAACUACAUUUAUGCGAAGUACAAAUCUGCGAAAGACAUAUGGGACAUGCUCAAGAAGAAGUAUGGAGCAGACGACGUGGGCCGAAGAAAGUAUAUGGUCGGGCGUCUGCUCAAUUUCAAGUUGGCGGACUCCAAGCCUGUCAUUGAACAAGUACACGAGUACGAGAAUCUUGUGUCCGACAAGGAGGCUGAAGGCAUCCCGGUAAGUAACAUGCUUCAAACUUAUGCUUUACUGGAGAAAUUACCUGAGUCUUGGAGUGAGUUCCAAAAUAAGAUAAAGCAUGAGUCAAAGGACUACACCUGGGAGGAAAUGGUUAACCAUCUGAACAUCGAAGAGGCGUAUCGCCUCAGGCAAAGGUCUGUUUCUCAAACUGAAAAUUUAAAUGCUAACAUAGUAGAGUCCAGUGAUAAGAAAGGUGACAGGUCAAAGCUUUCAAAGUCUAGAGGGAAAAAGAACUGGAAGAAAGGAGUCAAGGUGAACAAUGGCAACAAAUUCAAGAGCCAAGGGAAAUGA